GGAAUUAAAUAAGAAUCCAAUGGUUACUCUAAAUGGUUACAACAAUAUUCACGUGGGCCAGCAAAUAUUUUACAUAUACAACGUGCAGCAAUUAGAAGGAUUAUUACCGAAUAAUACACAUACGAAAAAAUUAAAAGGUGACGGUUGGCUUAUUACACCUGGUAGUGGAGCGCAUAAACUUCAUUUGCGCAGAGCUACAUGGAAUAACGCUCGCAAGGCUUGUAUCCAGGAAGGAGGUCAUUUGGCCAUUAUUAAUUCGGUUUCUGAGGAAGAGAUUCUUUUACGUAUGAUGGAACAGAAUAAUAUAAAUACAGCUUGGCUCGGAAUUCACGAUCUUUAUCAAGAGGGUGAUAGGGUUACUAUUUUAGAUGAGCCUUUAGAAAAUACAGGUUACACCAAUUGGACGACUAAAUGGCCAAAUCGACCUGAUAAUUACGGUGGUAAUUAAAAUUGCGGGAAUCUCGUCUCUCCAGAAGGUGGACUCGACGAUUUUAGUUGUGGUGAUUCUAUUCCUUUCUUCUGCGAAAUUCCUGCAUAAAAUUUUAUAAGAAUAUAUCAGCAUUAGAAAUAUUAUUACAUGCAUAUUUGUGAUUAGUGUAUGAGAUAAUAUAUAUAAAUAUACAUACAUACAUACAUAUAUAUAUAUAUAAACAAGUAUUUCUAUAUAUAAAUAAGUAUUUCUACAUACUUACUUGUAUAAUUUAAAUUGGAGAAAUUUUGUCUUCUAGUUCCUGAUAUUGCAUUAAUAUCGAAAUAUUUACAUGAUAGUGGCAGUUUUUGCUAUAUAUAAAGUGUCCACAACGUCAGUUACCAUCUCUUUCAAGUCGGGGUUAUACUGAAACUGAUCCUUCGUGAACACAUUAAAAUGAUUUGCAAAACUGAAUGCAAAACUGGAAAACUUGUCGCAAUAGUGAUAUUUUAGAAGCUUAAAGUGUAAAUUAUAUCACACGAUACUGAAAACUGAACGUUACUAAUAAAACUAGACUGUAUAAAAUUAACUGUAUUUAAAUUGUGUAACUACUCUAAUGAAAUGAAAACCUGUAUGCAACUAAAAAA